AGAAUGUCAUCAAUUGCCUUAUCCUCUUCAACUUCUUCACACAACACACCAAAUUCUUCCCUCAUUACACACUUCCAUUCCCACCACUUAUUUCCCUUACAACACUCCCUUCAUCCUAACAUCCUCGGAGCCAUGGCUUCCCGCGAUCCGGAUUCGGACAAUCAGAUCAUUGUUCGCGAACUCGAAGCCCUGAGCGAAACGAUGUACCAAUCGCACACCCGAAGAACGGCUUCCCUCGCACUCCCGCGAACUGCCGUUCCGCCGAUUUUCGCCGGAAACGACCCGUCGACGAACGAGAAAAGUAGCUCGGCGAUGGAUUCGAAGCCGCGGCCGAGGCGCAUGUCUCUCUCGCCGUGGCGGUCCCGGACGAAGCUUGAUUCCGAGGAUUCGGCUCGUCGGGACGGUAGCAUCGUGGCGGAGGGGAAGAGCAAGUGGCGCGACGACGACGAGCGUACGGUUACGGUCACGGCGGGAUUGGAGAAAAAAGGGAUUUGGAAUUGGAAGCCAAUACGCGCGCUGUCGCAUAUCGGCAUGCAAAAGAUUAGUUGUUUGUUCUCCGUCGAGGUCGUCGCGAUCCAAGGCCUUCCGGCGUCGAUGAACGGGUUGCGGCUAUCGGUUUGCGUUCGAAAGAAGGAGACGAAGGACGGCGCAGUCGAGACGCUUCCAUCGAGAGUCGUGCGCGGAGGAGCCGAUUUCGAAGAGAUGCUCUUCGUAAGGUGCCACGUUUACUACGCUCCGGCGAGCGGCGGGGCGGCGAUGAAGUUCGAGCCACGCCCGUUUUUGAUAUAUGUGACGGCGUACGACGCCGGCGAGCUCGACUUCGGGAGGAAUACGGUGGAUUUAAGCAACCUUAUACGGCAAUCCGUCGAGAGGAGCUUCGAAGGCAGCCGUGUUCGGCAAUGGGACACGAGUUAUAAGCUCGACGGGAAAGCGAAGGGCGGCGAGCUCGUCGUGAAGCUCGGGUUUCAGAUUAUGGAAAAAGACGGCGGCGUCGGGAUAUACAGUCAGGCCGACGGGCAGUCAUCGAAAAUGGAGAAAAAUCGAAUGUAUUCACCGUCGUCAUUUGCGCGAAAACAGUCGAAAUCAUCGUUUAGUGUUCCUAGUCCGAGAAUGACGAGUCGGGGAGAGGCGUCGACUGACGGGAAGAAAGGCGCGGAACCAGAUAUCGACGAUAUGGAUGAUUUGAAUUUAGACGAGCCGGCUCCGGCGGCGGCGCCGCUGCCGAAGGGGGAUGAUGUGGAUUUUCCGGAAUUCGACGUCGUGGAGAAAGGAGUUGAGAUUCAAGAAAAAAACGGCGAGGAGAAGGAGGAAGAAGAGCGGUCGGAGGAGAAUUCGGACAAGAUGGAGGUUGUGAAAGAAGUUGUCAUGCAAGAUCGAUCGCAUCUUCUACGAUUGACGGAGCUCGACUCAAUUGCUCAGCAGAUAAAGGCGCUCGAAUCGUUGAUGGCGGACGAGAAGGAGGCGAAAAACGACGCCGACGACGCUUCGCCGGAGUUGGACGCCGAGGAGGACAAAGUGACGAGAGAGUUUCUGCAAAUGCUCGAGGAUGCCGCCGAGAUCGAUAACCAGAAUCCCGACGACUACGACUACGACAAAAUGCCGCCUCUCAAGCUCGAGAACGAUGAAUCGACUGCUGACGAGGCAGAGUCGGAGGUCUAUCUACCCGAUCUCGGAAAAGGACUCGGCUGCGUGGUGCAGACGAGAAACGGCGGCUACUUAGCCGCGGCGAAUCCUCUCGACACCGUAGUUUCAAAAAAAGACACACCGAAACUCGCGAUGCAAUUGUCGAAGCCCGUCGUACUCCAAUCGAGCAAGACGGGGUUCGAAUUGUUUCAAAAGAUGGCGGCCGUCGGCGUCGACGAGCUGACAUCGGAGAUCUUCUCGGCGAUGCCGAUCGACGAGCUGAGCGGCAAGACCGCCGAGCAAAUCGCGUUCGAAGGAAUCGCAUCGGCAAUAAUCCACGGGAGGAGCAAAGAGCGCGCGAGCUCGAGCGCCGCUCGAACCGUCGCCGCCGUGAAAACAAUCGGGAAAGCAAUGAGCGCCGCCCGGAAAGAGAGGAUUUCGACGGGGAUUUGGAACGUCGCUGAAGAACCGGUGACAGUCGACGACAUUCUCGCGUUCUCGAUGCAGAAAAUCGAGAGCAUGUCGAUCGACGCGCUGCGGAUUCAGGGCGAUAUAGUCGACGAAGAAGCUCCGUUCGACGUUUCCCCGCUCGACGCGAAAACUGUCGUCGGAAACAAGGCCUACGAUCACAUUCUCGCAUCGGCGAUUCCGGUCGAGGAUUGGAUCAAAGUUACGACUUCGAACACUGACGACGAUAAUGUUCGAUCGGAGACGAUAACGGUGGCCGUGAUCGUUCAAUUGCGCGAUCCAUUGCGACAAUACGAGGCGGUCGGAGGGCCGAUGAUAGCGCUGAUUCAGGCGACGUCGGAGAAAUUUUCCGGCGAUGGCGAGCGGGUGUACAAAGUCGGGAGCUUGCAAGUCGGGGGCGUAAAAUCGAGAGCAUCAUCGGGGAGCAAGAAUGCGUGGAGCUCAGAGCGGCAACGGCUAACGGCGUUGCAAUGGCUGGUGGCGUACGGGCUCGGAAAGCCCGGAAAAAAGCCGAGCCGGCCGGCUGCGACGGCGGCGGGGCCGAGUAUUCUGUGGAGCAUCUCCGCCCGUGUUAUGGCGGAUAUGUGGCUGAAACAGAUAAGAAAUCCUGACGUGAAAUUCAAUAAAUGAGGAUAUGUCCGAAGAACAAAAUUACGUACAAGGUGAGGUGAGACUACUAGUUGAUGUUGUCCAAACUACGUUAAUUCUUUUACUCUGUGUACUUCCGAUUAUUUUUAAAAAUUAUAUACUCCAUCCAUCCGUCCAA